AUGGAGGGGUCUAUUACACGUAAAAGCAACGGACACGCUCAAACAGAAGAUGGCCUCGAUCCAGACUGCUUCGAAAACGAGGCGAAAGCAGAUGCCCGCCGUGCCGAUGAAGAAAAGCGCCGCCGCGAUGAAUUUUUCGCCCAUGAAGAGCGCUACAGAGACGAGAAGAAGGAGGCUGAAGAGCGUCGCCUCCAGGAGAAUGUGGAGAGAGAUGAACGGGCUCAGCGUGACCAUGAGGAUGCUCGUGCACGCACCCAAGAGCUGGCGAUGAUUAUUGUAGCCUUGACGAAGAAACCCUAG